CACCUCCCACCUGCUAAUCACCUAUCUAUCUCCUCUCCUCUCCUCUUCUCCUCUUCUCUCCUCUUCUGUCUCCCCUCGCAUCCCAUCCAGACUCAAUACGCAACAAUGCCACCCCUCGUCGUCGACAUCCACACCCAUGUCUACCCCCCAGCCUAUAUGCAGAUGCUUCGCGCUCGCAAAUCGAUCCCCUACGUCCACGACCCUGCCGAAGCCACCCCGCGCCUGAUCAUCCUCUCCUCCGACGACGACCCGUCCAUCCCCAUCGACCAGCGCGGUCGCCCCGUGGAUGCCUCUUACUCCGACAUCAACGUGAAGCUGGCCUUCAUGCGCCGCCACGCCAUCAACUGCAGCGUCAUCUCCCUGGCCAAUCCCUGGCUGGACUUUCUCGAGCCCCAGGAGGCCCAGACCUGGGCGGAGCGCAUCAACGAUGACCUCGAGGCGACCUGCGCGCGGGUCAACCACGCCGCAGACCCGGAUCACUCGAAGGCCCUCCAUGAGAAGGAGACGCUGUUUGCCUUCGGGGCUCUUCCCCUCAGUGCCCCCUCGCCCGCCAUCGUUGUGAGCGAGAUCAGAAGGCUGAAGACCCUCCCACAUCUGCGAGGCGUGAUCAUGGGCACAACGGGGCUGGGGAAGGGGCUGGACGAUGGCCGGUUGGAUCCCGUCUGGGGCGCCUUGCAGGACACGGGCUCCAUGCUGUUCCUGCAUCCGCACUACGGCCUCCCCGACGAGGCCUUCGGGGGUCCCGAUGCGAUGAACCGCUACGGUCAUGUCCUUCCGCUGGCGUUGGGGUUCCCGCUCGAGACAACCAUUGCGGUGACGCGCAUGCUGCUGGCCGGGGUGUUCGAUCGGUUUCCGCGGCUAAAGAUCUUGCUGGCGCAUUCGGGCGGCACCCUUCCCUUCCUCGCAGGUCGCAUCGAAAGUUGCAUCCUGCAUGAACGCAAGUUCACGGCUAAUGGGGGCGAGGUGCCCGGUCCGCAACGCAGCGUGUGGGACGUUCUGAACACCAACAUCUAUCUCGAUGCCGUCGUAUACAGUACAGCUGGGCUGAAAGCCGCGGUUACUGCGGCUGGGGGCGCCGAUCGCCUUCUCUUCGGUACUGAUCAUCCCUUUUUCCCGCCUUUGGGCAACGAUGACGAGGAAUGGCCCAGUGUGACGACUAACUACAAGGCAAUCCACGCCGCAUUCGACGCGGAUGGUGAUACCGCUGCAGGGGUGUUGGGUGGAAAUGCAGCUCGCAUCCUCGACUUGAAAUGACCUCUCUCUUGGUGGCACUUUUCAAUUUCAUGUGACAUGACAAAGAUUCUGCAUUGAUGGGGGAAAUCGUUAGCGAUACUGCAGCGACGGCAUACACAACAUGUGACCAUGUAUAGAUAGGACGACGAAAAAUAGAAAAGAUACAAGAGAUAAUAGCGAUA